AUGCCAAAUCUCCUCAGUUCCGCCCACGACCCUGUUCUUUAUUUCAACCCUGACCUUGAGUCUGACCUUGCACUUGCAUGUCCUAGCAAAGACUUCAUAAGCACCAAGACUCAGGCCUCAACCAGCUUUCCCCCAUUCCUCUUCGAACAAAACCUAUACUACAAGCAAUACGACAUGGUUCCUCCUAAGUCCCAGAAACGAUUUCGAUCGAGCACCCUCAGUACCACCAUGUCCGCAAUUUCUCCAGAACGUGACCUCGAUCACCAUAACAUGACGCAAUACGAUGCCGAACCUAAGGACCUAAGUGAUUCCGAGUUCGAAGGCCCAAAUUCACAAUUGAUAGGGUCGUCAUCCUUUAGGGCCACGAAGGCCUUCCAAAAAGGACCCCGGCGUUCUGCAGUGGCAACGUCUAACGGAGAAGCCUCGUCCCUGCGGAAGCUGGUCGACAAUCACACGCAGACGAAUGAAGGACAAGACGAAGAAAAGGUGAUUGCCGGUCCCUCCAAUACGCGUGGAAAGCAGCGUUAUCAAGCCCCACCCACCGAGUCGAACGACAGUAAUAGCACCGAAGUAUCGAAGCAAGCUCGUGGUGGACGUUCGCUGGUCGCAACCCCCACAAAAGUCACUGAAUGGGAGGGAGAACAAAUGCACGUGACAUCUUCACUGCGCAAGCUGCGUGGGAGAACGCUGCAACAGCUUAAGCCAUUUCAAUUCGACAAGGUCCAGCACAACCUCAACACCAAGGGUCAAGUCGUCGAUGACCGAAAGAUGGAAGAGAUCAUGGAACAGAGCUUGGAGAAGGAUAGACAAACACGAUCGACUGGUAAACGAAGCCGUCGAUUGAGCUCCGAACAAGGUCCAGAAGUCAAGGGGCCAGAGGAAGGAAAAGCACAAGGCGUUGUCAAAAUAGACGCCGGCGACACAGCAGACAAACGCCGCAAAGUGGACAAUCAACAGCGAGCUAGGUCAGUGUCAUCCACGACGUUGUCGUGUUCCGAGUUGCUCGAUGAUCCAUCUCGGCGGGAUAGAACAGUGUUGAAAGUCUGGCUCGACGGCUUCAGCGGAGGAGCAGCACCGUUUCCGCUGAAUCAGUGUCAAGAGGUUGGGACGUUUGUCGAUAGAAUUAUAAAGGCAUGGGAUUGGCAGUUCAAUGGAGCCAAAUUCUCAUACGCGAUCGCGACUUUCCCAUGGUUAACCGAGGACGCCAACAUCGUGAUUCGAACUGGCAUGACUGAGAGUCUCCAAAAUUUGAUGGAUGAGGUUGACAGAGCCCCAGUGUGGGCAGAGGGAAAGCAAGCACGAUGCGAGGUCAAGGUCACGAUCUAUGUGGAGUAG